AUGAGGAGAAGGCUCAAAAAAUUUCUUAAAAAUUCGAUUGUUAGUUGGUUUUUUUACAUUAUAACAUGGAUAUAUUUACUGAUCAUGUUUGUUUCUAUUUCUCUUCAGCAGUUACUAAAUUCUGACGAUGCUUAUUUAGCCUCAGUAGUUAUAAAUUAUAUAGAAUUAUUUUUACUAGCAUGUCUUAUUUUGGAGUUCCUAAUGGCAGCAUAUACUUAAGGAUUUUGUAAUUAUUUUAAAGUCAAAUUGCAAGUACUAGAUUUUAUUAUAAUAUUUCUUACACUGGCACUUGUUAUCCUAGAUUUAUUACUCGGAAAAAGUCCUUAAUUCACAAAAAUAGCAGCAGUAGCUAAGGGAAUGUUUAGAUUCUUCAGAAUUAUACUUCUUUUUAGAAAGAGCAAUUAAUUCAAGAAAAUAAAGGCAGCUUCUACGAUAAAAACACCUGCUGAAAGAAUAAUUGAUAUUUUUACUGACUUAAAAGAGUUUUUUGAUUCAAAAGAUAUCAUUGAAGAUAUUGAGUGGUCUAUAAGUGUUAUAGCUUUAAAUAAAAUUUAUGAAACCAAAAUUGUGAUUUAAGGUGCAGAAAACAAUAAAGAAAUAGUAGAUUGGAUUAACUAUGGAGCUAGACAAAAAGAAGAGCAAGAUAAAUAAUUUGAUUAAGAUAUUCUUUCGAAUAAAAAUAUAGAUACAAAGUUAUAGACUUAUGUGAAUUAGAUUCCUCAACCUAUUUUAAAAUAUUUUAAAGAUGUAAAUGAAUUGAGCUUUGAUUGCUUUGAAGUGGAAAAAAUAGCUAAAGGGUCGGAGACUUCAUUUCUACUUCUUUAUUUGUUUUAAUCUAAUAAUAUCUUAGCUUCUGUAGAUAUAGAACCUGAUAUUUUAUUCAACUUCUUCAAACAAAUUGAAAAGGGUUAUAAUGAUAAUUUAUAUCACAACAGACUCCAUGCAUUUGAUGUCUUACAAACUGCAAAUUUCUUUUUGAAAUCAUGCAAUUUUAUUGAAAUAGCAGCUAUAAAUGAGUUUGAUUUAUGCACCAUAUACAUUUCUGCAGCUUGCCAUGAUUACGAUCAUCCAGGAGUUAAUAAUGCCUUCAUCAUAAAUACUUCUCAUGAAAUUGCCUUAACUUACAAUGACUAAUCUGUAUUAGAAAAUCAUCAUGCUAGCAAAACAUUCUAAUUGUUUAAUGAUCAAAAUUUAGACAUUACUGCCAACUUUACAAAGGAAUAAUAUAGAUCAUUUAGAGAAAUGGUAAUAUCUAUAAUAUUAAGUACAGAUAUGGCAAAACAUUUUUCUGACAUAGCCAAAUUAAAAAGUAGACUAGGAACAGAUGAUUAUGACAUAAAAGGCAAAGAUAAAUAAAUGUGUAUUGACACAAUUAUACAUGCUUGUGAUGUUUCUAACCCUGUUAAGACAUGGAAUGUUUAUCAGCAAUGGGCUCAUAGAGUGUUGUCCGAAUUUUGGAGCUAAGGUGAUCAAGAAAGAAGUUAAGGAAUCUAAAUAACUUACUUGUGUGAUAGAUAUACUACAAAUACUGCUAAAAGUUAAGUCGGAUUUAUAGAUUUCAUUGUAAAACCUUUAUAUGAAGUAAUAUGCAAUUUUUUGCCAGAAUUAAAAAAUUAUAUGCAAUAAAUCGAUUCAAAUAAACAAAAAUGGAAUGAGCUCGUAAGUUUUUACGAUUAAGACUUAGAAAGAAUAAAGAACUAAAUAUAAUAAUUAUAAUAAUCAAAAAUAAUUUGA